GUACGUCUCUCCCCAGAAUUAAUUAAUGACCGAUACCAAUCUUGAGUUGCCACCAGAGUGAAGGAACAGGUAGAAACGUAGCGGAUAAUUACAGACUAUUCUCUAACGUCACGGGCUCUAUUUCAAAUAAGAUCUAUAAAUCCGCAUGACUGCAGCUGUUGUUGAAUCAUAGUAGAGUAUGGCGUCGCAGGGGGCGUGAUCUUACCCCGCUCCCCCUGGGCCCACCAGGCCACCACACAAGAAAAAAAAACAAAAGACAUAGCUGCGUCUUUGUGAAAAAUCUUCAAAUGUAGCUUGCGUAAAUGGGUCCAUAUGUCGUUUUCAGUGCCUGUGUUUAUGUUGGCGUAUAUUUUAUUGGCUUCUAAAAUAUUGAAUAAUGGGAGAUUUGUAGCGACAUGUAAGGAGUUCGGUGGAUAAAUAGCAGAAAUGCUUUCAAAAGAGAGUUAGUCUGCGUCCAGCAGAGACCGGACGAGCAGUGCAAUGGGUGUGGCUGUGAACUCUCAGUGUAAAUGGCGUUCUUAUACCUAGCGUUUUGUUUCUAACGCCUACUUUCUAAUCUAAUAAACACCAAGAAGUGACAGUGCUUAUGGAAACCUCGUUAACGGAAAGAUCACGGUGGUGAAUUGUGAAUUAUAGUGAACAAUAUAUGUCGUAGGGAGAGCGUUGAAGUCUCCGUGUGCCGAAUACGUUAUCGUGAUGGCCUCCUCCUCCUCCUUCAGGAUGUGGUGGUGGUGGAUCAACGCCAUUAUUAUUUUCGGGUUCCUCUCCUUGCCCUCUUUAUCCCAAGACCUGGGACGACCCGCCGACGACCCCAGGAGGAUACCGUACGGACAAGAUCAGAGUUGGAGGAGCGUGAUUGGGAACAGAGUCCGUUUGCGGGACAAGUACAAUCAUCCAACGCACAUGAUCAUUGCCUCACAAACUCUAAGACCAGGUUCGGUGUAUAGAGUGGUUGUGAGCAUCUUGUACCUCAGGCAUCCUGUCGACGUACGAGCCUCUUUACAGAAGGAUGGAGUGGAAGUUGCUUCAGGACGACAAGAGGUGAUAGAGGGCUACCCAGAAACAAUGCUUUUGCAGGUGAGGCCAAAAACCAGCGUUGAUGGACACUACAGACUACGAGUUGAGGGAAACAUCCCUGGGACAAUUGGUGGCACUGUAUUUAUGAAUGACACCAGACUUCAUUCAACUCGAUUCUUGACCAUUCUUAUUCAGACCAAUCGGCCCAUAUACACUGGAGAUCAAGUUGUUAAAUUCCGUAUUAUUCUUCUAACUACCGAGCUCAAGCCUUAUGAUGAUCCAGUGGAUGUUUACAUUUUGGACCCAGAUGGUUAUGUCAUGCGUCGCUGGCCUUCCCGUCCUACCAAUGUUGGUGUGGUUUCCAUGGAGUUUACUCUGCCAUUCCUUCCGAAAGUUGGGUAUUGGGGCAUCAAGGCUUUAGUCAAUGGUCAAGAAGAGAUUCAUCCAAUCAAGGUUGAAAAAUGGUACACUCCAAGAUUUGAAGUAAAAGUAUUCAUGCCCAAGUACUUUUUGGAAACGGAUGAAGCAAUUACUGGGACAGCAGGAGGAGAAUUUGGCAAUGAUAAGGGAGCAUAUGGCAAUGCUACAAUCAAGCUCUUCGUCAAGAAUGACAGACUGCGUAACUGGACCUAUGUUAUGGAAGAAGUUGUCGAUCCUUUUGAUGGAGAACAUGAAUUUAGUUUUCCAAUGGACGAGAUUUCCCAGCGAGUUCAAGAUUUGGAUGGUGCAGAAGUACGUAUUGAAGCGCAGAUCCAGGAGACCUUCAUGAUGCUGAACGAGAGUGGCUAUUCUAUGGCAAAAAUUAUCAAUUCCUCAGUAAAUUGCCGCUUUAUUGGAUCUCCGCCUUAUAUCUUUAAACCUGGAAUGCCAUUUGAAGCAUCAGUUGCUGUGUCAUAUCAUGAUCUUCAGCCCUUGGAUGUUGAGAAGAUUCAUUCCUCUAGCCUGACUGUGAAAGUCGAUGCUAUCUCCAUUGCAGGAGCCAGAUCCACAGUUCUGGAAGUAAAGAUUCCACGUGUUGAUGCUGACGAGGAGGAGUUAAGCUUCCUUCAGAGUUCAUGGGAUUACAACCGAAAAGCCCAAGAAUAUCAAAAUAAGUACCCGGGUUAUGAGUUAAAAGACUUUUCUUUCAACUACGACUAUGAUUAUGAAGCAGGAGCACGCUACUUGACAGAAAACCAAUUGGUGGAACGGAAGUUGGACCUGUUUCUUAGGAACCAGAGAUUCGAGGUAUAUCGUGAGAAAGGAGUAUUUCAUUUUACUGUGGAUGUCCCAGACAAAACAGCAUCAUUAGUCCUCACGGCAAACUAUGAAGACGAUGAAGGUUCCAUCGCUGCUGCAAGUGCAGAAGCCAUUGCUCAUUACUCACAGAAGGAGCAGUACAUAGGCGUUGAAACAAGUAGCAAAGAAGUCAGUGUUGGAGAGUUUGUCAUUUUCCAUGUCCGCUCAAAUUUCAACAUGGAGUCCUUCAAUUAUUUGAUUAUGGCUAAGGAAAUGAUUCUCUAUGCUGGCAAAGAAGAGCUGGACAAAAUCAGCCGAAACAGUGUGAAAACUGUGUCAGUUCCUGUUAGUUCAGAGAUGGCUCCAGCUUUCAAGAUUGUGGUUUAUCAUUUAUCACAGACUUAUGAAAUUAUUGCGGAUAGUCUUACCAUGCCUGUGGAUGGGAUAUCAUCCCACAAGGUUAAAUUGGUUCUUAACCAGGAUAAAGAUCACAGUGUACGUUCAGUAGAAAUGGGAACCUACAGCACUGCAGGGGCUUUCUAUGGCAUAUCAGGCGUUCGUGAGUUCACCUACGCAAUGCGAGGUGGUAAUGAACUCUCUCAGGCUUCUGUGUUAAAUUCAUUGCAUAGUUUUGCCAAUAGAACAAGGUUCAUUCAUAAGAUGUCAUGGAGAUUCCGUGAAGGUUAUCAGCCAGAACAAGUGGAAUAUUACUCUGCUGGUAAUUAUGGGCCAGAUGCUAACAGAACUUUGGACUUCAGCGGAGUUAUCAUCUUCACUGAUGCACAUGUUGGUGUUUUGCCUGGCUAUGCUGAUAAUAAAUGUAAUAUAACAGAAGGAUUCUCUCCAUGUUUAAUGGGUGGUUGUUACCAAACAUCGAAACGUUGUGAUGGCAUUUUUGACUGUGCUGAUCGUUAUGAUGAAAUUGAAUGUGUUGAUCCAUUAGCAGACAAUGAGGUAAACUGGCGUUUGGAUCGAUAUCAACACUUUUCAGAUUUCUUUGAUACAGAAGAUGGAGAUUGGCUGUGGAUUGAUCAGAACAUAGGUUACAAAGGCCAUGAACAGACCACAAUUGAACUACCAAAAGUUGAUGAUCCGUACGUUCUUAAUGCUUUCAGUGUCAGCAAGGAGCAUGGCUUUGGUCUGAUUCCAGAGCCAAUGUGGUAUUCUGCCAUGCCUAUCAUUUACAUCAGUUUGGAGAUGCCAGAUACAUGUCGACGUGGUGAACAGGUGGGAAUGCGUGUGAUGGUUUUCAAUAACCUUCCACAAGAAAUGAUGAUUCUUAUGGUCCUUCAUGGUGCUGACACACACCGUUUCAUUGCUGUGGAGGACAAGGGUGUUGUGGAUUUCUAUAAGCCACGAACUGAGGCCGGCGACAUUCAACAUCUUGUUUCGGUUAAUGCUGAGACUGCAAUGGAAAUUAUAUUCCCAGUUGUUGCUACUAUUGAUCAGGGUGAAAUAGAAAUCACUGUGUCUGCCAUCACUCAGAUUGGUAGGGACCAUGAAACAGCUACUUUGGUUGUGGAGCCUGAAGGUGCAACAAUUGAACGUCAUACCUCAACCUUGCUGGAUUUGAAGAACAGGGCUGUUGUGUACGAAUACAUGGACAUCAUCGUAGAAGAGAGUUUUAUCAUUCCACUUGAUAUCCGUCGUCGUUUUGUCGCUGGAUCCCCAAGGGGUCAUGUUUCCAUUUGUGGAGAUGUUGUUGGCCCCACCUUCCCAAAUGAUGAACCAGUUGAUUCAGUCACAAUGUUGCGAAAGGAGCUCCGAGGGACAGAAGCUUCUGCCUUCAAUUUUGGUGCAAAUCUGUGGAGUUUGCAUUACCUUAGGUUGACAAAUCAGUUGGAUUAUUCUGAAGCAAGAGGCAUAUUUGAUCAGCUCAAUGUGGAAUUAGCAGCAAUAAUGUACCGGUUCGGUGCCGACGGUUCUUUCAAGAUGUGGGACACAGCAGACCCAAGUGUGUGGCUUACAGCUUGGACAACUCGACUUCUAGAGCAGGCCCAGUUUCAAGAUUGGGAAAACCUAAUAUACAUAGAAUCCAGAAUUAUUUCCAAGGCUAUGGAAUGGCUUGUGAAGUGGCAGAAUCCAGAGACAGGAGCAUUUAUGGAAACUCCCACGUAUCAGAAAAUCCCCCUGGACAAGAAAGCAAAUGCAUUUUCGUAUGGGUUUGAGUGGCGAGGUGCCAGAAACAUUAGUCUUACAGCUCAGUGUGUGAUAGUACUUGAAAAAACUAUAAACAGCCUGCAAGGUUCUGUGCGAUCGGCUGCAAACAAUGCCAAAGCAAAAGCUGUUAGGUAUUUAGAACGAGAACUGAAAGCACUUCGUGAUCCUUAUGAGGUUGCUAUUGUUGCCUAUGCACUGUCUGAGGCAGAUUCAAUAGAGAAGGAAGAAGCAUUUAAUUUACUUGAUCGAUUAAAACGGGAAGAGAAUGGUCUUGUAUAUUGGUCAAGAGAACCUAUUAAGACUAACAGACGUGUAUAUGAAAAUAACCAGCGGAACUUGCUGCAGCCCAAGUUUGAAGAAAAGUGGGAUGCACAUGCUGUGGAGGCAACUUCAUACGGUUUGCUGGUUUACCUUAUUCGUAAUGGUGUUGAUAUAAUUCAAGAACGAAUUGUGGAGUGGUUAAAUGCCAUGCGAAUGCAUGAUGGAGGUUUCAUCUCGACUGUAGAUACAAUUGUUGCAAUGCAGGCUUUGACAGAGUACUCAUAUCGCGCACGUCUGCGAGAUAUCACAGACAUGAAAGUGACUGUAGAGGCUACUGGAGAGGAAGGCCGAGCUGCUCAUUCAGUGAUAAUUUCAAAUUCAAGUAUUUCAAAACUGAAUAUUAUUCCGAUAACAAAUGUAUGGGGGCUGGUCAAUGUAGUAGCAAAUGGAGCUGGCCAGGCUAUCCUGCAGCUUGAUGUUGGGUAUGGCAUUGAUUGGACUGACUUGAAGAAACAGCCUCCAGUAGAUGCAUUUGAUCUGAUGGUCGAUGAACGAUACAGUAAAUUUGGUAACAAGUCUAUCUGUGUUGUCAGCAUUUGUGCAAGGUGGAUCAAUGUACAAGAAUCUCCUCAAAGCUCUGCCACUGUUAUUGAAGUUGAAGUCCCGACAGGAUAUGUGGCCUUCCAGCUUGAUUUAGAAAGAAGUAUCCACAAUGCCCGCAAGUCGGGUAGCUUCCCGUCCAUCAGAGAUGUGAUUGGUGGUCAUGGAGACACUUUCGCAAAGAAAACCGUGUGGUUCUUUGAUUAUGUUCCUUCCAACGAGUCGUGGUGCUUUAAGUAUCAGAUGAGGCGUUGGUAUCCUGUGGCAAACUUGACUAAAGUCCGUAUGGCAACCAUAUACGAACAGUAUCACCAGGUGAAACGUUUCCAAAUGGUGAUGAUGAACUCCACUGUAAACACACUUGACAUCUGUGAAGUCUGUGGUUCCUAUCAGUGUCCUUAUUGUCCAAUUUACAGCUCGGCACCAUCUGUGAACAUACCUCACCUCAUGAUUCUCUUUUCCACAUCUGCAGUGGUGUACAUAUACCAGAGUAUCAGCUCCUAUAUUUCUUUAAGAAUUUUUAGCAGGUCUCGUAGAGUAUGCUAGCAGUUGGGAUAGUAUGUAUAGCAGUCCUAAGAGGCUUGCCUUUGUGUAGCUGAAAUUCUCAUAUCAGGCCAAAGACAAGUUAAAUAGAACAUGCAAGUUCUUUUAGUCUAGAAAAUAAAAAAUUCUGAAUUGGAAUAAAUUGUCAUCACUAAUAAUGAAAUGGAAUAAAUUGUCAUCACCAAGUGCCUUACAUUAACAUGUACCAUUACCCUGAGUUAUAUGUUGUUUUAAUUAACAUGGUUUUGAGAAACUAAUUUAAUAAUUCUCUCCUUGAAUUAUUGUUGCUUGAGUAUGAAAUAUCGAUGAUAUACUCAAAAUACCAGCAGUGUUUCACUUUAUUGUUGUACAGUUAUUAAUAGCAGCAGUUUCACUUAUAACUGUUGUCCAGUUAUUAUUAUCAGAAGGUAUUACAUUCUCUAGAUAUGUUUUUGAAAUGUAAGCAUUUAUCAAAUGUAUGAAUUGGUGAAAGUUUUGGAUUAUAAAUGAUUAUUUUAAUUUUCAUAGACUAAUCUGUUACUUAAUGCACAGUAGUUACUGGUUAUUUGAUAUGACAUGUAUAGGGAUACUAUUUUUCACUUUUGAAGAGUACUUUAGGUACAAUAUUAUUGAUGUAGUUAUAUUUACAUUUGAAAUUGCUAAAAUUUGAAGCAUUGAGCAUUUAUAUUUACGGAGGUGUGUGUCUGCCCGUGCUUAAAUUACACCAUCAGGGUUUAAUUAUUUCUGUAAGUUACAUCCAGUAAGAGAGCCUGCUGUCUUUUUAUUUGUGUAUUAGAAAAAGUUUUGCAAUAUGUUCCUUAAGUUUCAUGAAUUUCUAUUUUGAUGUAAGCCUGAACUCAGCUGUCUCCUGUGAAGUGGACAGUGUUGAGCUUUUAGCUGUUGUUUUGAAGGUAAAUUUCCACUGUCCCAGAUACAUCUGUAUUUUUCCUGAGUGAAGUAAUUUAAAUUUCUAUUAUCCAUGGUAGGUUAUUUCUGAACUUGAAACUGGAUAUUUCUUUUGCCUUUUACCUUAAAUCUGCAACUGUAUAUAUUUGUUUUUAUUCAGAUCUGUCCUGUAGAAUAUAAUUAUUCUAAUGUGUUUUUACAUAAAUCCGUCCAGUUGAAUUAAUAUUCAAUGUACCUUUAUAUCUAGGUGUAAAGUUUUUAUGGUAUUUGUGGUUGACUUAAUGUGAUGAUUCAUUGUAUAGCUAGUAUUAAUGUUGGAGCUAUUUUUAUAUUAAGAGUUAACUGAUAGUAUGUUUUUUACAGUGCGUUAACUGAUAAUAUGUUUCUUACAGUGUUUGUACAUUUCUUGACAUUUUUUUUGUAUCAGUGUGAUAGAGAACUUCUGUAAUUAAGCAUUGAAAACUGAAAACAGGAUUUGAUACAAGCAGUCUAUGCAAACUACAAAGGUUUUAAUUCUUAAACAGUGUAAUGUAAAAGUAUACGAAGACCCUUAGACGUACCAACCAUAGUGUUUUCAGAGAGAAAUUUAAGGCGGCAGGAUUUUCAGUUGUUCAUCUUAAUCAUUUUUUUAAAAACAAUUUAGCAGAUUCCUGAAUCUUAAGAAUUUUGAGAAUGGUAUAUUUGGGUGUAUUAGACUCAUAGUAACUGGAUAAUGAAUGUCUGGCGACUACUACUUUUCAAUGUUACACUGACUUGCCAAAUGCAUAGAUGUUUGUAUGCUGUAAAAUGUUUCAUGAAAGUUUUUUAAUAAACUUAAUAAAAGUUUUUUCAUGAAAGUUUUCUAAUAAACUUAGAAAAAC